CCAGAAACAGCUUCGUAAUGUUUUUCUCUUUUCUGAAAUGUUUGGUUCUGAUUGAAUCAAACCUUAUUAUGGUACAGGGUGCAGACCCUCCAGCAUCUACAAGUAGUGGUUGGGAUGACGCGUUCACCAAAGAUGGUUCAAUUUUACCCUUGCAUAAGUUUGGAAGUAAAAGUUACUACCUAGGAAAUAUUUUCAAGGCAACAUAUCUACAAGCCGACCAGUUCUGUAGGGACAUACAUAUGCAGUUGGUUACUGUGAAAUCGAAGGAAGAGAAUACUUUUCUGUAUCAAUUGAUCCAGAGAAAUA